AUGUUAAUAGUUAAUGAAACUGAAAUUGAUUAUAGUGAUCAAAAUAUAUUAAACGAGUAUGAUUACAUGAUAGUAACUGAUGAGACUGAAUUUAGUAAUAACAUUGUACAAAAUAUAUUUAAUGAUAAUGAUGGUGAUAUUAUAGAGGAGACUGAAUAUAAUAAUAUAAAUAAGACAGACAAAUACUCUACACCAACUAACUAUAAGACUGAAGAAAAAAAAAAAUCUGAUGAUAUAAUUGUUAAUGAUUUUGUUAUGGUCAAAUAUUAA